CGGGAGGCUGUCGUAAAAGCAGGAAAAGGGCGGCGAGGAAGGAGACCCCGGGCAGCGCCGGGGCAGGCCGCCGGCACACCAGACCCGCCCGCAAGGUUGCUGGAAAAGCCUGGCCUUGCAGUAAAGCAGCUGACUCUUGUUUCCAGUGUGACCUCAAAACUUGGAAAUGGCCUCUGUGUCAGGCACUUCUGUGGGUCGAAGCAUACCAGUAGAAGUGGAUGAAUCCAUGCCGUGGUCCCCAUUUCCUGAGCACAUCUUGGAAGAGGAUUUGCAGCCUUCUGGAGAUGAUCUGGAGAAUGAUGAGUCCCAGAGACCAGGUGUUACUCGAAUGCCUCAGCCUGUGGCUGAUCCAUCAUGCCUCUGCAGAGCACCAGCACGUCAUCAGGCAACACCAUCAGUGGAACCAGACAGCAGCUUGUGGUCAAGAUAUACCAAUCCUGAUGGAGAUGGAUGCUUCUGUCCUCCUGGUGAAUCAAUAGCUGGAGCAGUUCCCUCCGAGGUGCAUCCUGUAGCUGUGAACAAACCAGGCAUGCAGCCAAGAUUACAGCUUUCAGCUGACACCGAUCACAACUCCAGUAAAUCAGAGCAGAGCUUAUCUGAUGCUGCUGCGGUCUCACUGGAGGAGAGCAGCCAAAAGUCACAGUCACAGCAACCCUUGGGAAACAGACACCUGGCAGACUUGGGGAAGGUGGACACAGAGUGCAUCUCCCAGUCACAAGAUGUCAUGGGCAUCAGGCACCUGGAGCCUCCUUUACCUCUGAUAUCUAUGCUGAAUUCCCAGGACCUUCCAGGACCACUGAUCUCCAGGGAGUUUUUUGGACCCAAGCAUCAGCAGUGUCCUAUGUGCCAGCACUUGCCCCAUCCCAACGCCUCCUCACACACCCACGGCUGCUUCGGGCACCACUCCCCAGCAGAGCAGCCCCUCCAGGGUCCAUAUGGCAGAGCUCCUCACCAACAUUUUGCACUUCCUCCUAUUCCUGGACCUUGCAUCAGAGUUAUCCGCCCGGCCCAGCAAGUCAUCCCAAACUACUCAAACUUUCAUCCUCCCAAGGGCACUGGAGAGCGACUAGCCCAGAGGACCUGCUCCUCCCCCGCUCCACCUCGCUUUCCAAACCAGCUCUACAACCAGCUACCUGAUGGUCAGCUGCCCCCCAAGGCCUGUGGCCCAGAUGAAGCAUGCUGUUGUCCUGACAAUUUUCCUUCCCCAGCUGCUGUCCCAAGACCUCUCAGUAACCUUGCAGCCAAGGGAACUCUGAGAACAAGCAAUUUGCCGGAGGAGUUGCGCAAGGUCUUUAUAACUUACUCGGUGGAUGCAGCAGUGGAGGUUAUGAAAUUUGUGAACUUCCUGCUUGUAAAUGGAUUUCAAACUGCUAUUGACAUAUUUGAGGAUGCAGUACGGGGUAUUGACAUCAUUAAGUGGAUGGAGCGCUACCUAGGUGAUAAGACUGUGAUGAUAAUCAUAGCAAUCAGUCCAAAAUACAAACAGGAUGUGGAAGGGGCUGAAUCCCAGCUGGACAAGGAUGAACAUGGCUUACAUACUAAAUACAUCCACAGGAUGAUGCAGAUCGAGUUUAUACAACAAGGAAGCAUGAACUUCAGAUUCAUCCCUGUGCUCUUCCCAAAUGCUAGAAAGGAACAUGUGCCCACCUGGCUGCAGAACACUCACAUUUAUAACUGGCCAAAGAAUAAGAAGAACAUCCUGCUGAGGCUGCUGAGGGAGGAGGAGUACAUCGCCCCUCCAGUCGGACCUUUACCGACACUCCAGGUUGUGCCGUUGUGAAGGCUAUUACUUAAAGUGCACCACGAGCAGUUGUUAAAGGGUUGUUCUUGGCAGGGAGACAGCACUCCUCCAGAUGGCUCUUUUUGAUGACAGAAGACGCUCUUUCUGCUAAAGCAAUUGGUUGUCUUGGGUAACUCAGGCUCGGCUUAUAACCUCUACCAUGUUAAACAUCUAUUUCUGAAGCUGAUGGGGAACAGAACACUCUUCUCUAGACUUAAAUAAGCUGCAAAUGACAAGACUGCCCAGUUGCCUUUUGACAUCUGGUUUUAAAAUGCUCCUUUAUCAGUCCACACAGCAAACAUACCAGGAAUAAUGUUGCAAUAAGUGUAAAAUAAAAAUUGCAUCCUC